UUGUAGGUUUUACUCGGGAGGAAAUGAAUUUUGGCGCCACAACCGAGUUUAUAGUCUAGGGCUAGAAACGUAACGAAGAGAGUCCAAAGCAGAAGAAUCGAGAGAUGGCGGAGGAAAUAAUAUCUCCUAUGGAAAUCGAUGGAGGAGCUUCUGAUGAAGCUAUGAAAGCAGCUAGUAAAGGCAAGAAUGUAGUAGUAAUGGCUCCAUUCACCAAAUCAACCCCAUGGGUUGAAAAGUACCGUCCUCAAUCCCUAGCUGAUGUUGCUGCUCAUCGCGACAUCGUUGAUACUAUUGAUAGACUUACGAGUGAGAAUAAGUUACCCCAUCUGUUGUUAUAUGGACCACCUGGGACGGGUAAAACUUCAACGAUACUCGCGGUUGCUCGAAAAAUAUAUGGACCUCAGUACCAUAAUAUGAUUUUGGAAUUGAAUGCUUCCGAUGAUAGAGGUAUUGAUGUUGUUCGGCAACAAAUUCAAGAUUUUGCCAGUACUCAGAGCUUCUCAUUUGGUGUAAAGGCAUCCGUCAAGUUGGUAUUACUGGACGAGGCAGACGCCAUGACAAAGGAUGCACAAUUUGCUCUACGUAGAGUGAUCGAGAAAUACACAAAAAACACUAGGUUUGCUCUCAUCUGUAAUCAUGUUAACAAAAUCAUUCCAGCCUUGCAAUCGAGAUGUACACGGUUUCGUUUUGCUCCUCUUGAUGCUACUCAUGUCACUGAACGCCUUAAACAUGUGAUAGAGUCCGAAAGGCUUGAUGUCGACGAGUAUGGCUUAAAAGCACUUGUACGCCUUAGCAACGGUGACAUGAGAAAAGCUUUGAACAUUUUGCAGUCGACUCACAUGGCCUCUCCACAUAUAACUGAAGAAGCUGUUUAUCUUUGCACUGGGAAUCCAAUGCCUAAAGACAUUGAGCAGAUGUCUUUUUGGCUUCUAAAUGAAGUGUAUGUUACCUGUUAUAGACAUAUCACUGACAUGAAGAUGAGGAAAGGACUUGCCUUGGUGGAUAUUGUGAGAGAGGUUACAAUGUUCAUAUUUAAGAUCAAGAUGCCAUCGGAUGUACGUGUUCACUUGAUUACUGAUAUGGCUGACAUUGAGUACAGACUGACCUUUGGGUGCAGUGACAAGUUGCAGCUUGGAGCACUCGUUGCUUCUUUCACCAAGGCUCGAUCUGCUCUGGUUGCACGUGUAAAGUAGUUGAAAUCAUCUGCUCGUGCCAGUUUUCUAGGUUGAGUGUUGUUGCAGUCUUUACUUCACUUGACAGAAGAAUUUUAAAGUUGCUCAUGUAUCUCUUACUAGAAAUAACUCGUGCCCGAACGGCACUGAUUUGAUCGUGUUUUCUUCGUGUUAAAGAAAAUAUUUGUCGUCCAGCCACCUAAUUAUGAGAUAGUUACAUUUUGUAAAAAAAUUAGAUUGUAUGAAGUUAUACACAUAACUGACUAAAAAGACUGGCGUGGAAAAUUCCCAACAA